AGAAGUCAGUUAACAUAAGCGUAUACUCAGACUGAGCAUUAGAGGGCUUUUCUAAACCACCCAAGUCUGCUGAAAUUGAAGACGCAGAAGAAAUCAGAUAGUUUGUAGGAAGUUUAGAUAUAAAAAUCAACAGUAAGAAAGCAUUUUCUCUUGGCAGACCGAUUAGCUGUGCUUAAGGCAGCAUGAAUCCUGUACUUAGUACCUUGUUGUUUUCAGUGCUUCUGCUGCUGACCCACAGAAUUCAGGAGCUGGUGGAGGCGUGCAGCUGUGCCCCUGCUCAUCCGCAGCAGCUCAUCUGCGAUUCUGCUUUAGUGAUUCGAGCAAAAAUAUCCAGUGAAAAGGUGGUUCCUGCCAGCGACGAUCCUCUCGAUACCCACAAAAUGAUCCGGUAUGAAAUCAAACAAAUAAAGAUGUUUAAAGGAUUUGAAAAGCUCAAGGAUGUCCAGUAUGUCUAUACUCCUUUUGAUUCAUCACUCUGCGGAGUGAAACUAGAAGCAAACAACAAAAAACAGUACCUUUUGACAGGCCAGAUUUUAAAUGAUGGUAAAGUCCUCAUCCAUUUAUGCAACUACAUUGAACCAUGGGAUGAUUUAUCCUUGUCUCAAAAGAAGAGUCUUAACCAGAGAUAUCAAAUGGGCUGUGGCUGCAAAAUUACUACCUGCUACAUGGUGCCCUGCUCAAUCACUGCACCAAAUGAGUGCCUCUGGACAGACUGGCUGAUAGAAAGAAAGCUAUACGGGCACCAGGCCAAGCAUUACGCCUGUAUCAAGAGAAGUGAUGGCACUUGCAGCUGGUACCGAGGUGGCCCUCCCCCAGAGAAAGAGUUUAUUGACAUCAGCGAACCUUAAAGUGAUCACUUCCUAAAAAGCCUUGGAGUCUAAUUCCAUCAAAAAUUGCACGCUCACAGCUUUGAACUGCUAUCAUCUCAUGUAUCCAUUGCUUAGAAACAAAAACAAAUUGUCCUGUAAAGCUAAAGUCUUUGGAAUUUGCACUCAGGCAAGAAGAGGAACAAAGCUCCUGGAGACAGCUACUCCUUAAGAUGUGCUUUGUACAGAGAGGCUCAAACUGAGAAUGCUGCUCUGUGUUUUAUAAGGCAUAACAAGUUUCCUUUUUUUUACCAAUAUGAAUGUAUGAGAACAUAAGAAUGGUCAGAAAUCUGUCCCCUAUUUCUGCUAACCUACAGACCAAAAGAGCUCCACGUUUUAUUUCAAAUUGUUCUGAUGAACGAAUGAAUGUUUUAUAGAACUAUUUUUCCCCCAUAUGAAAGUCUUCUGAUACAAAAGUAUUAUUGUACAGUGUAUAUGUAAAGUAUUUUAACAAUCUGCUAUAAAAGAUUCAAAAAUCCUUGUUUUUUCCUUACCUUUUGAAACAAGUUGAACACUUCUGUGAUUAAAACAAUCUGUGCUCCACUUUUUUUUUUUUGUUAAUUAUGUCACAGGUUUCUUUAACUAUAGAGUUGUAACAUUCAUUGAUAAUUAAGUUAAAACACAAACUUGAUAAUCAAAACCCCAAUAUCCAACCCAAUAUUCUACAAGGUAUAGCUAGUCCAUAGGAAAGUAAAGGCAGAUGUUCUAAUGCUUCAGCAUUUUAUGGAAUCAACACAAAUAACAACAGGUGAAAACUGCUUACAUGUUUACAGAAACCACAUCUGUCAUCACUGCAGCUGUAGUACUUAAUAGUGCCUCUCUAAUUAUGUGACUAGGACAUUUGAUUUCAGCACUGUUAAAGCCUUGGUUUCAGAAACUCAUAUAAAAGUAUAUGCACAAGAUAUUUAAUAACUUACACUGCAAGAGAUUUCUAAAAAGCCCUCAAAUAUUUGACCAUAUUUAAUAAUAAAUUUACAUUAAUGACUUUUCAUUCAUGAAUGUCCUUUGUAAUCUGUCGGAAUGAGUUUGGCAACCCGUGAACUUAUACUAGAGUUACAACAGUUUGCCUUCCAUUAUUUUUAGGGUUUUAACUAUUAAGAAUUGAUUACUGUAGUUAGUAGCCAAUCUCACACACAUUUAAGUUUAUGAAAGCAUCUCAAUUCACAGUGGUAAAACUGCAUAAUUUGUCUCAUUAAGAGCCAAAGUUUAGACAGCUGUUCAAGUAGUGCUCAUGUUUUAGAAACUGGAUAAGAACAGUGAUACAAGUUAUGGAUCCUACGUUAUAAUCUAGUUAUCUUUAUUGGGUUUCUUGAAAAUCAUUCCAAUUUUGCCUAAGGAUUACUCUCUCAUACUACUCACAUAGGAAUUUAGAACUGCAAACGUUGCAAAACCAACAGGAACACUCAGCAUUAUUCCUUUGAGGGAGAGUCGCCUAUGUCCCUUAGUAGGGACAUAAAUGUUGCCUGUCACUUUUUAUUUACAGUCAGUCCUAAAUUAAAACAUCAUACAUUUGUGCUGCCAGAUACAACGUCCAUUUAGUUUUCUGUUUUGCUGAAGACAAACAAAAGAUUACCACGUGUCCAGUUUCAGCCAUUGACAUAUGCGUGUGUACACAACGACUUACCUAAGGGAAAUAUGAAGGCCACUUUUCUUCCAAUAAGGAACUGAUAUUGCAAAGACAACACUGGCAGUGCUAAUCGCUGCUAUUGCUGUGCAUUUAUAUUAACAGCUUACAGACAGAUUAAAAAAAAAGAAAAAACAACAACAAAAAAACAGGCAUAAUUUCCUCCUGUCAAACCAAAACAAUUCAUAGACAAGUCUGCAAAAGCUUAAUAACAAUACAAGGUCCAAAUCAAGCACAUGUCAAGUUAAUGUUUCACAUGUGGACAGUAUAGCAUUUGUUUCCUAAAAUAUUUUGAUGUAACGGUGCAUUUUGAAUAUCACUCAGCAGAGAACAGAUAUUUUCUGCUUUUAAAUUAAACACAGUUCUGUUUCUCUUUCAGUUUUAUAAUAGGUAGACCUUAAACUGAACUAACCAAACUCUCACUGCCUUCUUUGUAGACAUGGUAAAAAUAAAUGUUUUCUUCAGUAUUUAUGAACAAACUAUAACAUGAAUUGUAUGUUAUAAUGAGUUUUUAAAACAUUUUAUAUUUGAUCUGCCAUAAAAUAUUCAAUAUGAAGUGUUUCAAAAUUAUUGGCUGUCCAGUUUGAUUUCUGUCUGAACACAAAUCUUGCCAAACUUCCCAUAAUGGUUGAUAAAAAGAUGUUUCGUUUUGGUUUUUUUUUCCACAUCAAUAAAUAUUUCAAGAAAAGAUUUUAAGAAAAUCAAA